GGCAUCGGCCCCCAGGCGGAGCGCCGGGCGCCGGGGCCAUCAGGUACCGGAUUGUCUGGCUCGACAGCGGGCAUCGGGUCACCAGGCCUAAUAGGAUCGUCAGGCUGGAUCAGCAUCAGGCCGAGUAGAGGCAUCAGGCCGAGUAGAGGCUUCAGGCCGAAUAGAGGCAUCAGGCGGAAUAGAGGCAUCAGGCUGAGUAGAGGCUUCAGGCCGAGUAGAGGCUUCAGGCCGAGUAAGUAAGGCUUCAGGCCGAGUAGAGGCUUCAGGCCGAGUAGAGGCUUCAGGCCGAGUAGAGGCUUCAGGCUGA